AUGGGCGACUCGACGGCCCGCUCGGACGCGUCUUGCCGUCGUCAGAUUCAGCGCGCCACACCUCCCCGACCCGACGGCCCGACGACAAGUUACCAAGUAUGGAAAUUGUAUGCAGCCACGGCCCUGGCCUCCAGUCCUCCAUCAUCCUCCUCCACGCUCCUUGAAGUCCUUCCCCCUCCGACGCACAAUCAAUGUAACACUGUCUCUUUGAAAUUGCAUCCUCCCGAAUGUCGAUUGAUCACAGAUACCGAUAGCCACGAUGGCUUGACCCCAAAUCCAUCACGACUUGAGCAUGAAUGGGCCGCGCAUGUACAGUCCAUCUUAGACAAUCAUCGACCAACAGUGUAUCGCGUUGGCCGAAGGAUCGAGUUGAACAGCACGCGAGACGGGCACGAUACGUUGCACGACUCGCACGUAUUCAUUCUACUAGCCAUCCAAUUAGCGAUGCUCUGGCAUGAGGAGACGUUGGGUCUGCGAGUACACAUCAUGUCCUCGCUGUGGACCCAGAACGUCCACGCCGCGUUACCGGUCGCCCCGCGCAUCAGGACGGGUACCGUCAAGCUUGAUGGUCAGACUUGA